AUGACGGUCACGUACAAUCUCGAUGUUUCGCAUACGUCCAUAAUUUCUUUUUUGAAAUUACAAUUUCGAUGGCGUGGCUCGAUAUGGAAGUCCGUGCUAAAGGAGCUGACACUAUUCACUACAGCAUUUGCAAUCAUCACUACAAUAUAUCGUACUAAUCACUUCUUAUCAGUAGAACAAAGGAGGUUUUGGGAUAAUCUUUCCGCACUUUUCGAUCAAAAGCUUGACUACAUUCCACUUACGUUCAUGCUUGGUUUCUUUGUAACCAUUAUUGUUGGACGCUGGAAUGAAUACUUCAAUAAUGUCGGAUGGGUGGACAACACUGCGUUAGUAAUGUCCACCUACCUACGUGGAAAUGACGAGAAGAGUCGCAUGAUGCGAAGAAAUGUGAUACGAUACAUGGUGCUCACUCAGGUGCUUAUCUUUAGAGAUGUCAGCAUGCAGGUUCGCCGACGUCUUCCUACUUUAGACACUGUUGUCGCUGCAGGUUUCAUGACAGAAGCAGAGCGUGACAAAUAUACCGAAUACAGCACUAAGUUGAAAGAGAUCCGAUGUACACCUCAUUUCCUACCCAUACAUUGGUGCUAUACGUUACUGUUCGAAGCUCGAACAGCUGGAAAACUGAGCUGUGAUUUAAUGUUAAAUGAAAUUGUUAAGCACAUAGGAGAUUUUCGUCGUGGUCUUGCUCAGUUGGCCAAUUUUGAUUGGGUGCCAAUUCCCUUGGUGUAUCCUCAGGUAGUCUUUCUCGCCGUUAGAUCUUACUUCUUUCUAUGUCUGAUUGCUCGUCAGUCGGUUCUUAUCGAUGGCGAACCACCAAAAGACGAUAGUCCGGUCUAUCCAUUGGUGCCUUUCGCCAUGACGGCACUACAGUUCAUUUUCUAUGUGGGAUGGAUGAAGGUGGCAGAAAGCCUUAUGAAUCCACUUGGUGAAGAUGAUGACGAUUUUGAGUGCAACUACCUGAUUGACAGAAAUCUAAGGGUUGGCUUAACUAUAGUUGACGAUUGCUACGGCGAUCUGCCGCUCCAGCAGAAAGAUAACUUCUGGGGUGUAGACACCAUCGAACCCUUAUACUCUGCGGAUUCAGCUGUAAAACCUGUAAAUCCACAAAUCGGUUCAGCAGCGCAAUAUGAAGUGCAGCAAGACGAAGUCAUCAUGAUGCCUCAUAUCUCAACGGAAGAGUUUGAUGAUAUAUCUAUGGAAGAUGCAGAAGCGAGACUUUUGCCAAGAGGAAUUUCUGUUGUCUCUGUAAAUCGACAUUGUGGCAGUCGAGCGAGCUUAGCUAGCAGAAAAAGCAGUAUCUUAGAUACCGUGCGAAAGCAAUUCAGUCGGACCGACGUUCGAAAGAUGUCGCGACCAACCCGACUAAAUAUGUCCCAAAUGUCCUUAGACAACGAUGCAAAAUCCACUAUUGAAGUGGGAGGAAGUUCGCUGGAUAUUCUAAAUGAUCUUGCUAGUGAAGCGGCUCGUAAUCCAAUGUUACUCACACCCGACGGCGAGCUGUCGCCUAAUAGUCCUAUGCGUCGGUCUCCUGUAGGUGAAACGCUCACCACUGUACCGGAAGAGGAUGAAGAAAGUCAGAGGACACGGAACAGUGUGGAUUUGAGGAAGUGGAGGCAGGAGGCUGAGCAAGAGCUGCGCGAUCGUCAUCAGUAAAUGCGCUAACAAUUUUUUUAGAAUUAUAUCAAUUAGCUUUAAGCAUUUCAUGUCUGGUAAUAUA